GCAACAUUUCUGAGAACCAAGAAAAAUGGCGUGUGUUGUGCUCCUGUGUGAUCGAGAGUAAAGAAUAAACACUGUUGUGUAUUCAUUGUUACAACCAAAGAAUUGUAUGUCAAGACUUCUUAUUUUAUAACACUAGAUAGUGAUAUUAAAAAGUGAACUAAUGAGUUUGUUGACCGAUGUCUGCCGUGGCUCCCACUAUCCCCGGGGCUGACCCAGCAAAGGAUAUUCAAAAGCGCCGUGCUGGCAGUGUUGGAUCCGAUGAAGACGACGCAAGUGGUGGGAAAUACACAAGGAUGGAGGAGGACAAUAUUCAAGACAAAGAGAGAUUUGCAAGUCGGGAGAACCAUUGCGAGAUCGAGCGCCGCAGAAGAAACAAGAUGACGGCAUAUAUCACGGAACUAUCUGAUAUGGUUCCGACAUGCUCCGCCCUCGCGCGAAAACCCGACAAACUAACCAUACUUCGUAUGGCAGUUGCCCAUAUGAAAGCUUUGAGGGGUACUGGAAAUACCUCGACAGAUGGCACAUACAAGCCAUCAUUUUUAACUGACCAGGAAUUAAAACAUUUAAUACUUGAAGCUGCUGAUGGUUUUUUAUUUGUAGUUAGCUGCGAUACAGGACGUAUCAUUUAUGUCAGCGAUAGUAUAGCACCAGUUCUAAAUUAUUCACAGGGCGACUGGUAUUCAUCAUGUUUAUAUGACCAAGUACACCCUGAUGAUGUUGAAAAAGUUCGGGAGCAGUUAAGUACUCAAGAACCACAGAAUACAGGUCGUAUACUGGAUCUAAAGACUGGGACUGUCAAAAAAGAAGGUCACCAAUCGUCCAUGCGCCAAGUGAUGGGGUCUCGGCGCGGCUUCAUCUGCCGCAUGCGCGUGGGCGGCUCGGCCGAGGGCGCGCACCUGGGCCGCCUGCGCGCGCGCAACUCGCUCGGGCCCUCGCACGACGGACACAACUACGCCGUCGUGCACUGCACCGGCUACAUCAAGAACUGGCCCCCCACAGAUCUGUUUCCAGGUAUGCAGAUGGAUCGCCCGGUCGAAGAUGAGCUUCACGCGUCACACUGUUGUUUGGUUGCUAUUGGUCGGUUACAGGUGACGUCGACACCGAACAACUCGGAGGGCAGCCUGUGCAGCAGCGGCGUGGAGUUCGUGUCGCGGCACUCGGUGGACGGCCGCUUCACGUUCGCCGACCAGCGCGCCACGCAAGUGGUGGGAUACGCGCCCGCCGACCUGCUGGGGAAACUCUGCUAUGAGUUCUACCAUCCCGAAGACCAGCAACACAUGAGAGAUAACUUUGAUCAAGUACUUAAAUUGAAGGGGCAGAUUAUAUCCCUAAUGUACAGAUUUCGCGCGAAGAGCAGAGAAUUUAUCUGGUUAAGAACGUCCGCUUUUGCCUUUUUAAAUCCAUACAACGAUGACGUAGAGUAUAUUGUCUGUACAAAUACUUUGGCCAAUCGGUCGUUAGGAAGUACGGCGGGCGAGCCGCCAGCCGAGGAGAGCUACGACUACCACUUGCGGCACCGCGACGUGUACCAGGGCGCGCCGCCCGCGUUGCACCAGCAGCACCAUGCGCCUCCAGGGGGCGGCGGCGCGGGCGGCGCGCGCUCGCCGGGCGAGGCGGUGGCGGCGCCGCCCUACGCGCCGCACUACGCGCCAGACUACUCGCCGCACCGCGUAGCGAAUACGCCGCCGCAUACUACGUGGACCACUUUGCGCCCGAGCGGCGGAGGCGCCGGCGGCGAGACGUACGCGUACAGCGGCGAGACGAGCGCGGGGUCGACGGCCGCGCCGCCCGCCGACGGCAGCCCGGCGCGCUCGCCGCCCGCGCCCGCCUACCUGCCGCCCGCGCACUACCACCAGCACAACCACCACCCGCACCCCGCUGUGUCAGGCAAUAACAUAGCAGGUUGUCCUGUGGGUGUGGCAGGGGGCGGCGGCGCGGGCGGCGCGCGCUCGCCGGGCGAGGCGGUGGCGGCGCCGCCCUACGCGCCGCACUACGCGCCCGACUACUCGCCGCACCGCGUCGCGAAUACGCCGCCGCAUACUACGUGGACCACUUUGCGCCCGAGCGGCGGAGGCGCCGGCGGCGAGACGUACGCGUACAGCGGCGAGACGAGCGCGGGGUCGACGGCCGCGCCGCCCGCCGACGGCAGCCCGGCGCGCUCGCCGCCCGCGCCCGCCUACCUGCCGCCCGCGCACUACCACCAGCACAACCACCACCCGCACCCCGCGCAUCCCACGCAUCCCACGCAUGGCAUGUGGUCGUGGCAGGGCGGCGGCGCGGGCGCGGGCGCGGCGGAGGGCGGGCACGCGCCGCACGAGCUGUCCGACAUGCUGCAGAUCCUGGACCAGGGCGGCGCCACCACCUUCGAGGACCUCAACAUUAACAUGUUCCACUCGAACUUUGAAUAGCGACUGUAUGCACGUGUACCGUAACGACUGCCGCGCUUUCCGUCUCGCUCCCCCUCGGCUUGGGCGAUCGAUGCGAUUCCAAGACUUGAAUCUCUGAAGACGAAGAUGCGAUACCAAUAAUUUAGGUUAUUUUUCGGUGAAUAGACCUGUGAAUGUUUGCUUUGAUUUCCAACGUUGCAAAUAAUGACUUUGAUUUAAUUUUAAAUCUACUUAAAACAAUAUUUCUUCACCGUGUUCGAUUAUGGCAGAUAUUAUUAAAGUUAUUUUCUGUUUAUAAACGAUAAAAAAGUACUUAAGUUAAAAAAUGUAUUAAUAAGUUCAUAGCUAAACAUGCUAAGAUUAUGUAUGUUAUUGUUUCGAUAAGUGCAGUUAUUUUGGUUACUUUUAUUGUACUUCAGUAUUAGGAAAUUUAUUAAAUAGAUAUGUUAGAUAGUAUGGUAUUCAUUGUUAUUAUUAGUUUAUUUGGCGCUAUAUGAAUUAGUUUUGAAUUAUUUCCUGUUCCACAACAGUUUUCUCAGACACUCAAAAGAUUACUUGUAAAUAGGAGUACUAUCACUAACCAUUUUUAAAUUAUAAAAUUAUGAUUUAGCUCGUUCCAUCCAGUUCUGGUUAACUGACGACCAAAUAAUUAUGUGUUUAUGGAAUCUGCUUUGUAACAAGAUUAUUAUUGGUCUUGAUUUGAAAAAGAAAAUUUUAUCAAUCUACAAUCGGAUCAAGUGGCAUAAUCACUUACUUUUCAAGAUACUAUUUGUUACAUUAGUAAGCUUUUUGUAAUAAGGCUGUAAGUUUAUGAAAUACUGAAAUUAAACAUUUAAUUUCGUUUGUCACAAUAAUAAUAGGUACAAAUGUACAUUUAUUACGCCUUAGUCCGAGCUCUGCAUGCAGAUUUACAAACAAAUUGUCUAUACCGACCGACAUUCGAUCUUUCUUCUAUAACAACAGUACAUCUAUUAACGUAGUUACAUGAGCAGCUGUGUUUUUCUAUACAUCUGUCGACGUUAUUACAGCAAAAUUAAAUAUUGUCCUGGUGUCUCCUUAGUUUCUUAACUUUGGUCAACCACCUACAUUUUAAAACUGAUUAUUUCUUAAAAUUAUACUUUUUUAUUCUCAUUUAUUGGGUAAUUUUAGUAUAUGUUAAUUUUAAUUAAUCGAAUCGAUGAUUUAUAUUAAGAAGAUACAUAAGAUAGAGAGAUAUUAAUAUUUUUAUGUAAUGCAUUUAAGAGUAAUUUUUUUCAUAUUAUUUUUUUUUGUAAUUUGUUCAUUGUAGGUUUAUCAGAAUUUUGUAAAAUGACUUUUUCAUUAAACAUGAAGUACACGAAA